CAUCAAUUUAAUUGUAAACCGUUCCUAAUCCGAAACUGCUUUUGCGACAAUCACUCCUUUUUGUUCAACCUCGUCGUUAAAUCUUAUAGUUCCGUGUAAUCUUUUUUCUUCUGUAAUUCACACACACCACACUCUUUCAUUAUCUAUCGUAGUUAAUGCUCGGCAAUAUCUUUCGGCCUAGAUAAAUAUCGUGCCUAAAAAUGGCACGCAACGUCCGUCAGCAGGCGCUGCAGAAGAUUGCUGUACUUUCCGCCACGAGCUCCACGACAUCUUUCGACAGAUCAGACCUCGAUCGACUAUGUAGGGCUACGAAUAUUCGUGGGAAGGGGAAAGAAGGUGUCAAUGGCUUAGCUAGAGGUAACCAGUCCUCGUUGGCUCGUGUUCCCAUGACUAUACGUGAAUUCGAAGUGCUUGUUUCCCUCUGCAGAGCCGCGCCCAUAGUACAGAGCAGCCAGAGCGCUCAGAAGCUAGUUAACCAGUUAAUACCCUAUGUUCUCGAGUCACACUCCCAGACCUUUCUCCCGUCGCCCGCUUUCAGCAAGAUUGAACCGUCUCCUAUCGAAGCGUUAACCUCCCACGUAACCGCGGCCCUACUCACUUUGGGAAACAACUACGAUGACCUACACGAGACUGUGUCAGAUAACAUUUGGGCUCUCUUGGCUGCAAUGUCUACGACUGUGAAGGGCACUGUUCCACUCAAACCAAAUGGGGAUGCCCAACCAAACUUGGAUGACGCCAUUCAUCUUGCAACGAUAGCUAUCUCUUUGCUGGGGUUCCUCGAUGCUGCUUCUGCCCAAGCUAACUUUUGGAGGAGUGGUGGACGAUUGGCCCUCAUUAGGAGGAUUAGCAACUUGCUCUCUGAGUCCUUCUUGACUGCCGUGGACGGCGCAUUUUCUACCAUUCGAAAUGUCCACGCGUCGGACCGCAAUGCCAAAGACUGGAAGAGGAUGCUCCGGCAUUACGCCAACCAGGGACGGCCCUUGGGCUCUAUGUUGCUUCAAAGAAGCUUCAUGUGGCUCUUAGUCUCUACAACCUCGCUUCUAAUCGCGGAUGUCAAGCUUCUCAGAACCUCUCAUAUCCUCGAUCUAUUGAUGUCUAAAGACGGGCUGUCAAACCUAAACUCCGGAAGUAGUCCAGACCCCGAUUUUCAGUCGAUUGAACUAUAUGCAAGUAUCGCGCAAGAGGAGAUGGACCGUCUCGAAGCCAGUGCUGAUUUCAUUGAGCUCGGUUCGUCUGCUCAGCAGAGAUUAGCCUGCACCGUAAAAGCCGCCGCCAUCACUAGUUUCUUGAACUGCUCUAUAUUGAACGAAGAUGCGGCAGAUCCAGAGGUUCUCAUGGGUUGGCUACAGGAAUCCUUGGAUAAUCCAAUGCAGAUGGUAGACGAGACGUUAGCGUCGACAGUAUUUCGUUCGAUGGCCAUUCUUGCUAAAAUCUCGCCAAAUUUUGCUCCUCUUGUGGUUCGACUUUUACCACGUUUCAUCGUUCAGACGACACCCGCUAGUAGUAUCGUAGCUACCGCGUCGAAAUGUUUGGCAUUUACCUUGCGUCUACUUUCCCAAGAUGCAGUUAUUACUACUUUAUAUACUCUUGGAAACGUACUAAGCCCGGAUACGGAGCGUAACGCUCCAAAUGGGUCUGCCGGCGAACUCAAUGGAUUGUCAAAUGUGUACCAACGUAGACAGUCUACAGGCAGUGAUAUAUCACUCCAACUUCGUGGUGACGAAGAUACUACCGUGGUGUACGCGAAUAUUGUCCAAGCUAUAUGUAGCAUUGCAGAGAUGUGCGAUGACGAAAAGAUUACAGCUCUCUCGCAGGCAAUGCUGUUGCAAAAGUUAACCAAAGUCAACCAGUCGGUCGAUUGCCACAUUGUCACUGGAGCGAGUAUCCUGUCUCUAAAUGGAGGACAGCUUGAAUUCAGGUCCCUCCUUAGAUUAUAUUCUAAGCUCUGCCAUAAUGCGUCUGCUGAAGACAACGCUAUCAUCCUUGACGCUGUUAGGACAGCUCGGAAUCAUAUAUCGGCAAACGUGAAGCGUGACUCUCCGCUAUAUGACAUCUACUGGGACCAUAUACUAGAGGAGCUGAUAUCCAAAGGAGACGUACAUCAGUCCCAGCACAUGAAUGAAUCUGAUGUUGAGUUUGCAGCUCAUGAGAUUGCCCAGCUACUCCAACCUCUCGCAAUACUAAUGUCAAGGCAUGAGUUUACAUCCGAGCUUCCUGGCCAAGACGAUGAUAGACACUCUUUGAUUCGAGAUGCCUGGUUUAAUAUUGUGGUGCACGGUUUCACGUCACUGACGGACAGGGGCAAGAAGUAUAUCAACGAACUGCGCAUCAUGGCUAUCCACUCUCCGCCUUUAGUGGCCGAACAACGAGGGGAACAGGUUGAGAGUGACAUUGAACUUAACACUGUCCUCCGCCGGGCUAACACUUCAGACCGGGAGGCAAAGCAGAAAAGACAGCUCGCGGAACUUGUACCGUCACGAGUACCACAGAUCAGGAGCCUAAGCUACAGAAAAGUUAUCUUCCUGCAGGCUGCAUAUUUGGUUGAGAGUUUGAGGGCUGAUUCUGGCGACUGCACCAAAACACUCUCAUACUUUUUGGAGCCCAGUAUGCGCAACGACGAUGUACGUUGCGUUAUGGAAGGCAUCACCGCCGUCGUAAUGGAAAAGUACCUGUCAAAGACAUUGGAAGCAAAACUGCCUACUUUUUCGGCCCUAUAUGCGGCUUCGCAACUCGCGGCAAUCUUCUGCGGGUGUUGCCAUCGUAUUCCACGUGUUCAACAAGCCGCAUUCUAUUGUGCGGACAAGUUUGUUCGUGAGAUUCCGUCAUCUCUUUGUCAAAAGUCAUCUCUUUUUGCUCUCCUCGAGCUGCUGUCUCUUAUGUGGACAAGUUGCCUUGAAGCGGAGACUGAGAUGUACGAUCCGCGGUCAGUAUUUACGUCCCGCUUAGGAAAUGUCACUGUCGAACUUUCCGAUGAUUAUGCUUUCAGGAGGGCCACGCUUAAUAACCUCUACACGAAAGCCAAGGCGUGGGUUGCAAUGGCAAUCAACCUAGCCCCUUCUGAUGUGAAAGGUUUACUUCAAACAUACUUGUCUGAAUUCCAGGAUGAGGGAGUGUAUGGGCAUAUGUCGCUUGGUCGGUCAUUGGCCGUGGAAAUGGGUUCCUCAAUUCCCGCAACGGAUCAAAGAUUAACUUCUCUGGAUCCUGUGGGCCAAACCGCAAUUAACACCGCGUCUCACUUCAUUGCUCAGUAUACAACCCGCCAAGAAUAUAGAUACGGCGAAGCACUGCCUAGUCAUGGUAAUGAUCUAAUAAGCGUUAUGUCCAUAACGCGACGGGACUCGUUCAUUAGAGCUGCCCCAUCAGACCGCGCUGACGCUGUCGCGGCCUUGGCCCACGUGGGAGCCCGUCUUACCAGCAAGAAGACCAUACCUCUCAAUGAUGUGCGAGAUAUACUCCGACGCGCUGCAGCCCUACUAUGCCGUAGUGGAAGAGAUGAAAGUGCCAUCACACAUUAUCUUGUUAGCAUUCCUUUCAAAAUGUUUACAAAGGAGUCUAUCAAUUUUGGUGUGUCACUCUGGCUGGGCGUCAUCAAUGAAAAUCCCCGGAUGGAGUCACGAAUACUUGCCGAGAUUGCGCAGCAAUGGGAGAUCGCUAUCCAUAAUAAGCUUGGGUUAUUCAGCCCUACUCUGAUGCACCCGGACCCUUUCUUCCUCAAGGAAGAAUUCGCUCCCAGCGACAACGAGGGCCUCGCGAGGCGCCGGCAGCAGGUACAGCAUUUGCUUGCUCCACAUACCCGCCUCAUUCAGUUUUUCAGCAGUCACUUCAAUGCUACUCGAUUGGGUAGCCCAGAUAUGCACAGGAUUUUCAUCCGUAUGCUUGACUCGACACUCGACGCCCUGAAGAAUUCUAGCUCUCAUCCCAUGGCUAGAGAAAUUCGCCUGAGAAUUGUUCUCUUUAGCUUAAGAGUACUGCGAGUGAGCACCGCUGUCCGCCCAUCAAUCCAGUGGCGACUCAAAGACAAAAUACUCUCUGCGGGGUUGAGUUGGUUCAAAUUCUCGCCAAAAUGGUCCUUUGGCAGUAAUCUGCUUCAGUUGAAGACGGAAGUACGCCUAAUUACCGACGUCUUAAGCGCUCUCAAAACCGUCUCUUAUGUCGGUGCUCAGGCUGUCGGCAACUUCAAACCUCUUACCCAAAAGGAGAUGUUAUUCCAGGUUUUACUUGAGAGUGAACAAACCAGAUUGAACGUUUGGGUGCAUCCCCUGGGCGAUGGCCAACCACGAUCACAUCUAGCACAUCGCACUGGGACAGCACUUGAAGUAGGUUUAUGCCCACUUAAACUGAUGAGGCAUAGGAAGCUAAUUCACAAGUCUACACUUAAACCCCUCGUUCGCGUAGCGUGGUCCGAACAUCCCUCUAUAGCCGUACAGCUAGCCAGCCGAUUUUCGAUCCCGGCCGUACAUAAUGAAGUUCGCUGGCUCUUGAUGAAUUUCCCAGCCAAGGCUAUCUCCGAGCCCGAAGCUCUCCCAAUUUUAUUAGGGAGCGAACUACCGUCUGAUAUUGGAUUCCAGCUUAAGUACUUACUUUUCUGGGCACCUGUGAACCCUGUCACCGCUGUUACCUACUUUUUGCCCUCGUAUCGGAACCAUCCGUUCCUGAUCCAAUAUGCUAUGAGAGCACUGGAGCAUCACUCAGUCGACGUAACUUUCUUCUAUGUGCCACAGAUCGUACAAGGCCUUCGCUUUGAUGCUCUGGGUUACGUGGAACGUUAUAUCAUCGAAACAGCACAGUUCUCUCAGUUGUUCGCUCAUCAAAUUAUCUGGAACAUGAAAGCAAACUCAUAUAAAGAUGACGAUGCUACUAUUCCUGAUGCCAUAAAACCUGCUCUCGACAAGGUGAUGGACAAGAUGAUUGGCAGCUUUUCUGAUGAAGACCGAAACUUCUACGAGAGAGAGUUUACGUUCUUUGAUGAGGUCACCAGUAUAUCUGGCAAGCUUAAGCCUCUGAUCAAGCGUGACAAACCGGAGAAGAAGCAGAAGAUCGAAGAAGAGCUCCGAAAGAUCACGGUCGAUGUCGGGGUCUACCUACCUAGUAACCCCGACGGUGUCGUUAUCGGCAUUGAUCGUAAAUCUGGUAAACCGCUACAAUCACACGCGAAGGCACCAUUCAUGGCUACAUUCCGUAUCAAGAAAGCAAAGGGCGGGGUUGAGGAGACAGAAGAAGUAGCCCAAGAAAUGAACAAGACGGGUGAGCCUCCGGCUGAGAAUACAAUCGAGGUGUGGCAGAGCGCUAUCUUCAAGGUCGGCGAUGACUGCCGACAAGAUGUGUUGGCUUUACAGAUGAUUGCAGCGUUCCGCGGCAUUUUCCACAGCGUUGGACUCGAUGUAUACGUGUUCCCUUACCGCGUAACAGCUACCGCACCGGGUUGUGGUGUCAUCGACGUCUUGCCUAAUUCAAUUUCCCGAGAUAUGCUGGGUCGCGAGGCAGUCAACGGAUUAUACGAUUAUUUCAUCAGCAAAUACGGCAACGAAGAUUCGCUCCGCUUCCAGCACGCGCGUCACAAUUUCGUAAAGAGCAUGGCUGCCUACAGCAUUAUAUCCUUCCUCCUGCAGUUCAAGGACCGUCACAAUGGUAACAUUAUGAUUGAUGACGCCGGCCAUAUCUUGCAUAUCGACUUUGGAUUCUGUUUCGAUAUCGCUCCUGGUGGUGUGCGGUUUGAGCGUGCGCCGUUCAAGCUUACCGGUGAGAUGUUAGCGGUGAUGGGAGGUAGCACCGAUCACCAGGCAUUUAAAUGGUUCGAGGAGUUGUGCGUCAAGUCCUUCUUGGCGUGCCGUCCACAUGCAGAGAAGCUAAGCCAGAUUGUAUUACUCAUGAUGGAAAGCGGACUGCCAUGCUUCAAGCCAGAGAGCGUCAAGUUUUUCAAAGAGCGGUUCGUGCUAGAACGCACCGAGCGCGAGGCAGCCGACUUCGUGAGGGAAUUAGUAAGGAGGAGCGCGGGCAGUUACAGUACCAUGGUGUACGACCAGUUCCAGCUCAUGACCAAUGGUAUUCCUUAUUAGUAUUAGUAUUGGUUUGAUCUAUACACAUAGAUAGGCAUCCCGAAGGAGUUGGCGAUCUAUAGAGGCGGGAGAUGCGCUUAUUCAGUUCUCACCGGCGCUUUUUGGAAGCAUCAACAUUGAGCGUAUAGUAAUACUAAUAAUAGAGAGCAGUCCCCCCAAGACUAUUCUAGAGCG